CUCUCUCUCACACACACGCACAGACUAAAACAGAAAAGCAAAAUCUGUUCAUUGAUCAUGGCAUUCAUCUCUUCACUUUUCAUAACUUGCAAGAAAGACUUGAGUUUCUCUGCUCUUCCUUCACAAUCCUUUACAAUAGGGCAAAGACAGACAUGCAAGAAAACAUCAUCAAAGAAGAUUGUUUCUGUUGUGUCAUCCCAGAAGAACAAACGGAAUCCUUCUGCAACUGGCUCAACCAAAAUUCCCAUGACUGCAACAGAGAAGAUUCUGGCAAGAGCUGCUGAGAAAGGUGAAGUGAGACCAGGGGAAAACGCAUGGACAAAUGUGGAUGUUUUGAUGAUCAAUGAUAUCACUUGUCCAGGGAUAACUGGAAUCUUCAAGAAACAGUUUGGCAACACUGCAAAGGUUUGGGACCGUGAAAAGGUUGUGGUUAUCCCUGAUCACUAUAUAUUUACAAAUGAUGAACGUGCACACCGCAACGUGGAUAUUGCAAGAGACUUUUGUGUGGAGCAAGAUAUCAAGUACUUCUAUGAUAUUCAAGAUCGCAGUAAUUUCAGGGCUAAUCCAGAUUAUAAAGGUGUUUGUCACAUUGCUCUGGCACAAGAGGGUCAUUGCAGACCUGGAGAGGUCUUGUUUGGUACUGAUUCACACACCACAUCAGCUGGAGCAUUUGGUCAGUUUGCCACAGGAGUUGGUAAUACUGAUGCAGCUUUUAUAUUAGGGACAGGGAAGAUCUUACUCAAGGUGCCUCCAACAUUAAGAUUUGUACUAGAUGGUGAAAUGCCCAGCUAUUUGCUUGCAAAGGAUCUAAUCUUGAACAUCAUUGGUGAAAUAUCUAUGUCUGGUGCAACAUAUAAAACGAUGGAGUUUGUUGGGACAACAGUUGAAAGUUUAAGUAUGGAAGAAAGGAUGACACUGUGCAAUAUGGUUGUAGAAGCUGGAGGGAAAAAUGGUAUUGUUGCUGCUGAUGAGACCACAUACAAAUACUUAGAGGAUAAGACGUCUUCACCAUAUGAGCCAGUUUUUAGUGAUGAGAAUGCAAGAUUUCUAGCCCGGUAUAGAUUUGAUGUAUCAAAGAUGGAACCAUUGGUUGCCAAGCCACAUUCCCCUGAUAAUCGUGCUUUGGCAAGAGAAUGCAACCAUGUGAAAAUUGACAGAGUAUACAUUGGAUCCUGUACUGGUGGAAAGACUGAAGAUUUUAUGGCUGCAGCAAAAGUUUUCUUAGCGGGUGGAAAAACUGUCAAAGUUCCUACUUUUCUUGUUCCUGCUACACAGAAGGUUUGGAUGGACCUGUACACACUUGAGGUACCUGGUUCAGGUGGCAAGACUUGUUCAAAGAUUUUUGAAGAAGCUGGAUGUGAUCCUCCAGCAAGUCCUAGUUGUGCUGCAUGUAUGGGUGGCCCAAGAGACACAUUUGGACGUUUGAAUGAACCCCAGGUCUGUGUCUCAACAACAAAUCGAAAUUUCCCUGGUCGGAUGGGGCACAUAGAAGGCCAGAUAUAUCUUGCUUCUCCGUAUACUGCAGCAGCUUCUGCACUAACUGGUUUCGUAACUGAUCCCAGGAAGUUCCUGUAGAUAAGCUACCAUGUUUAGACAGCAGUUUCUACCUACUUGGAAAAAUAAAUGAUAGAACUGAAAGGAUUUAUAUGCUAGAGCCAGAAUCAUGCAUUUGGUAAAAAUGAGCUUGUAAGCGGGAUUUUUAAAACUACAGCAGUUGGAAAGUUGUCAAGAUAGAUUGGUAUGGUUGAUAAUGUUUACAGAACAAGAUAUACAUGCAAGGGUUUCUGUUGAAACUCAUCUGCUACAUUACAACACAAGAAUAAUACAAUGCUUCUUAAUCAAUCAAAGGGUGUUUUUUUUUUUCUUGUAGUUAAUUUCCUCAUGUUAUCAAACAAGAAUUGAGGUUAUGUGAUUGCAACGAAAUGUUGAGGCAUCUGAAACUUUUCAAAUCUGCCUCACAAAUGCUUACUCAAGCAUGUUUAUUUAAGCACAAAAUAGUUUACUUGCACUUGACAUGUAUAUCCCAUGGAGAGUCAUAUAUUCUCCAACGAGUGCAUUGAUGACAUGGAACAACAUUUACAUGAAUAUUCCCAUGUUGUUGUAGUGGGUUUGGAUCCAUCAGAGAAGACUGCUGGUAUUGUUGUCCAUGGAGACAGAGCGGCGGGCCUUCUUUCCUUUAGAGUUGCUGCCGCAACCAACAUAGCAUUCAACACCGCAGAUCGCCUGAGAACAACCCACUCUCACUAUGACCCUUACCCUUACCCUUUACCCCGCCCCCACCCCCCACUCCUGCCACCGCCUCCACUCGAUGUAUUGCCACCGUCGGUGUGCCUUCGAGAGUGGCGGCUGGUCUUUGUGCUCGAUGUCGGGUGGCUAGAGAGCUCGCCCUGAUCAAUCACUGGCGGCAGGUCUGACCGCCAGCUCCUGUCCAAUCUCCACCCUCCCACCAUCUCGUGUUCCCCCUAGUCAAUCACGGGCUU